UCACUUCGCAAUCCCCAAUGCCCAAAAUCCAAGUAGGAGAAUGCCACCAUCUUUGUCUCUCUCUUAUAAAAGGGUCCGGAAAGCACACAAUCUAAUUGCAGGAACGUACGAGCGGGAAUCGACGCUGUCUCAAAUUCAUCAAAGAAGCAGAAAGGAAUUAACGAAUCACUGAGAAGUCAGCGCAAUGGUGAAGACGACGAAGGGAGGCAAAACCAUGAAUCCUACCGAUGCUUACCGCAAGGAGCUUCGCAUGAAGGAAUUGAAGCGUAACAAGAAGGAGCGGAAGAAGGUGAGGGAAGUAGGAAUCUUGAAGAAGGAUCCUGAGACAUUGAGAGAGCAGAUUCAGAAGCUGGAAACAAUGAAGGCUGAUGGUGCUUUGGACAAAGCUAGAAAACACAAAAAGAGGCAGCUUGAGGAUACACUUAACCUUGUGAUCAAGAAAAGGAAGGAAUAUGAAGAAAAAAUGAAAGAAAAAGGUGAAGCACCUGUUAUGUUCAGUCAUUUGGGACCUGUUCGAAGGCGUGCUACUGCAGAAGAGGAAGCGAGAGUCAAGCAUCCCAGACCUGAAGACUCAGUCUACUAUCACCCAACUCUGAAUCCUUCUGGAGCUCCUCCUCCUGGAAAACCUCCAAUGUUCAAGUCAUCAAUUGGACCCAGGAUACCUUUACCAGAGGCCUCAGCGAGUAAUGUUGCAUCAUUAUCAAAGAUAGAAACAGAUUAUGGAACUUUAUCUUUGCUCCCGUUACCACCUCCACCUCCUCCUUUGCCUGGUGCGGGCUUAGAUCCUGGAGAUGGUUCUGUUGUGCCUGCAUCAUUGCCUCCGCCUCCACCCCCUAUGCCCACUAAGCCAGCUACCACAGAUGCUACUGCAUCAUUGCCCCCACCACCAACUCCUCCUGGUCCACCACCGAAAGAACUACUUGCUACUCGUCCUCCACUUCCUCCACCACCACGAAUCCCCCAGUCUGCUCCACCACUCCCCCCUGGUACUUCUGGAAGUGAGAAAUCAGCAAAAUCAGACGAUUUAACCACCAGAGAUUCAGUUCAGAUGCCAAAUAUUCUUCCUCCACCACCUCCACCUCCACCUCCACCUGUGGGGUUGCCCCCCAAGUUGAAUAGUAAUAAGCCCGAAGGCUCAACUUCAGAAUCUGAUACGAAAUUCCCUUCAGAUGCCAAAGAUAUUACAAAUAGGGCUCCCCCACCACCGCCUACAAGGCAACAACCACCAGUGCCUGGAGGUGCUGUGGGCGCAAGUUUGCUGCCUGAUGUACUGCCUCCAGGUGUUCUGCGCUUUCCACCACCUCCACCUCUACCUCUAACUGAAAUGUGUCCCCCAUUGCCCCCUCUUGGAAUAGCUGUGCAACCAGUUCCUCAAGGAGUCUUGGUCCCACUAUUACCUAGACCUCCUUUGGGACCUCUUCCUGGGCAUCCACCAAUGAUGAGACCACCACUUCCACCUGGUCCCCCUCCUAUUCCACAAGAUGACCUCACUGCUAGACCUAUUCUGCAGAAGCCAUCAUACGUUAAAUCUGCUGCAUCCACCGUCGUGAAGAGGCCUCUGGCACAGCAUACUCCAGAGCUUACGGCUAUGGUUCCUGCAUCUGUACGAGUCAGGAGAGAGUCGGCCCUCCCAAAACCAAAGCCAAAGGCAUCAACUGUUUUGCCUACCAACCGAUCCAUAGUAGCUCCACCAGUUGUGAAGCAAGAUUCCACUAGUGCAUCCUCUGCACCAAAACCACAAAGUAUAGAUGAUUCAUAUAUGGCGUUUUUAGAGGACAUGAAAGCGCUUGGUGCUCUUGAUAGUUGAGCUCAAACAAUCGAAUUUAUGUGACGGAGUAAAAACUAAUGUACAGGGCCUUCAAUGAGAGAUUGAAGCAUUAUUUCUUCAAUUUCCAACUUAUCCAGCCGGUUUAUGGUUGCUUCGAGCCAUUGCUGGAAACCAGACUCAUGUCAGGACAGGGGUAAUGUUUGCUUCCUUGUUGCUAUGUUUCCUUAAUCCUUAUUGCCAUAAAUUUUAUACAGCAGGCAAUUAGGGCAGUGUGGAGGGAACGGAAUUGUGUCUUAAUUAAUAACAUUGUUGACACAAUAGCAGGUACUUGUCUGCUAACCCACGCAAUUCUUUAGUUCCAACCUUAUUUCUUCAA